AUGCAGCAGCAGAGGCGCCUCUCUGUUCUUCUCCUCCUGCUACUGCUUGGGCUGAUCACCACCCAGACCCAGACCCAGCAGCUUCCAGGACUAGUCACGGAGCCGCGCACAUGUGUCCCAAUCGUGUAUGGUGCGCCUUGUGUAGGAUUGCUGACUGCAUCUUCCAUUUUCAAUACCACCCGUCUUGACACUACCCUCAGAAAAAAUAAUGCUAGAACAAGCAGUACAGUGAUAAGUGAGAAAGACAAACAGUAA